AUGUCGUUGAAUAUUGAGUUACACGAAAAGGCAAUUAAAUUUGCAGAAAGCAUCUGCGGUCCUAACUGCGGACUAUGCAAACUCGCGUUGGAAGAGAGCCUCCAACUUAGGGCUAGCUUAUACUGCGCCUCCCUUAAGAGGGCUCGCGAAGAAUCUGAUGAUUCGGAAAUAUACUAUGAUGCCAUAGAAUUUGACCCAGAUAACAUCCCAGACGAUUACUUCAACAAAACAACCAACGAAGACUCAAAUUCCACUCCUUCGGAGGUAAAAACACUCGACACUGAGAAAGCUGAUAGUGCCACUAAGCCCGCGGCUUCCAAAAAACCAGGUACGGAUAAAGUUUUAAUCAGCGAAUUAGAGGAGCCCGCCUCAAAGCGCAAAAAGAACAACACUCUCGGUCUCACCCAAAAAGAUGCACAGGACUUGAUCAAUGCAAUACUAAAAAGGGCAGAAAUGUUCCUGAAAUGGAGAAAGGAAAAUAACUACGCGAAGGAUCCGAAUAGAGAAAAAAAAAUUAAGUAUGAGAUUCCCGACUACUGUAGAAACCCAGACUGGUCAACGCUGAACAGCGUUCACUACCUGGAAUCGAUAAAGUACCUGAAACGCCCAAGAUAUGGAGUGAGAGCCACAGCCGAGCCAGCAGCAACAGAGCCAGUGGCAACAGAGCAAGUGGCACCUGAGAAGGUCACAACGGAGAACGUAACAACGGAGCAAGUGGCACCCGAGAAGGUCACAACGGAGAACGUAACAACGGAGCAAGUGGCACCCGAGAAGGUCACAACGCAGAACGUAACAACGGAGAACGUAACAACGGAGAACGUCGCAACGGAGAACGUCGCAACGGAGGUCGCAACGGAGAAGGUCGCAAGUGUUACCACCAAUGUUUCUGAAGACGGGUUAGCUAAUAUCCAAAAAAAUAUAUUAUCUCAAUCAAGUGUAGGCCAGUUACCUACUCUUCAAGAGGGUGCACGCCAAGAUCCCGGUCGCCAAAAAGAACUCGAACAGUCAUUUCAAGGUCAGCCUAAGGACAAGGAUGUAAAGGAACCGAGUGCAAUAUUUGGAUCACUUGACGCGAUUAGCCACCUGCUUCAAAAGCCCCAAGAACCAGAACAAGGGGGAGCAAAGGUAAACGAGGUACCAAAAGUCGACUCUGACACUAAGGAACCACAAAGGAUCGAAGGUGGAACGGGUGAACCGAAAGCAAAAAGGAGACCAAAUCUGUUCGGGACAACCUCGACGGAGAAUGAACAAACGCCAGGUAAAGUCAAAGGACAAAUAGCCACUUUAGAGCCGAAAAACGAUAACCCAUUCGCCAUCUUAAGCAGGAUCAACGUCUCGCUUCCGGAGGGGAAUCCGCUGUUCGCACCAAAGCAGGAGUCCACUGACGUUUUCCAGCCAAAGACGGACGGAGCAAACUUCGUAUUUGGGCAGUCGUCAUCCACAGCUGCCCAAGGCACACAGCCACAGCAAACGCCAUUUCAGCUACAGCAGCCACAGCAAUCUCAGCCACUAACUUCGCAGUUUGUAAUCCCAGGCUUUGGCCAGGCGCCAGUACAGCAGGCGCCUCAGUCCAACCCUUUCGCAGGCCAGUUUUUCAGUAGCAGGAGGGGACGCGGAAGAGGGAGAGGACGGUAA